CCCUUAGCCCAUAUUUCAUGCACGGUCAAGUUUGGUUUUUCUUGUACCAGUUUUUUUUGUGGGUGCGUGUGUGUGUUCACCAGUUUUCCAAAUUGCAAUCUCUGGCUUCUCCACAAAUCCACUUGCAAAAUGACCACUUUUCGAAAGGCAAAAGAACAAUUUGCCACCUUGUGUUCAAGAGGGCACGUAAGAGAGGCUUUUGAAAGCUUUGUAUCAAAGAUAUGGGCAGAACCCCGUUUGUUCUCAAACCUCCUCCAAGCGUGCAUUGGGUUGAAGUCUGUUUCUUUAGGCAAGCAGCUUCACUCUUUGAUAUUAACUUCUGGUUGUUCCUCAGACAAGUUCAUUUCCAACCAUCUCCUCAACCUCUACUCAAAAUUUGGGGAGCUUAGAGCCGCUGUAGCUUUGUUUGAUCGAAUGCCCAGAAGGAACAUCAUGUCAUGUAACAUCAUGAUCAAGGCCUAUCUUGAAAUGGGCAACAUCGAGAGUGCAAGGAACCUGUUUGAUGAAAUGCCUGAGAGAAAUAUUGCCACGUGGAAUGCGAUGGUAACGGGUUUGGCCAAGUUUGAAAUGAAUGAGGAGUCUUUAGUCUUCUUUUCUAGAAUGAAUGAGUUAGGGUUAAUGCCAGAUGAGUACUCUUUGGGUAGUGUGCUCAGGGGAUGUGCUCAUCUAGGAGCUUUGUUUGCUGGCCAACAGGUUCAUGCCUAUGUUAUGAAAUGUGGGUUUGAGUUAAAUUUGGUUGUUGGAUGCUCUUUGGCUCAUAUGUAUAUGAAAGCUAGAAGCAUGGACGAUGGGGAGAGAGUUAUCAAUUGGAUGCCAGAUUACAAUUUGGUUGCUUGGAAUACACUUAUGGCUGGAAAAGCUCAAAAGGGAUCCUUUGGGGGAGUUCUGGAUCAAUACUGUAUGAUGAAAAAGGCUGGUUUUAGACCAGACAAGAUUACUUUUGUGAGUGUGAUUAGCUCGUGUUCGGAGUUAGCUAUCCUUGGUCAAGGGAAGCAAAUUCAUGCUGAAGCAAUCAAAGCAGGAGCUAGUUAUGAAGUUUCUGUAGUUAGUUCAUUGGUUAGUAUGUACUCUAGAUGUGGAUGUUUGCAAGAGUCUUUCAAAUCUUUUCUGGAAUGCAAAGAGCGAGAUGUUGUGUUAUGGAGUUCAAUGAUCGCUGCUUAUGGGUUUCAUGGUCAAGGAGAAAAAGCCAUCAAACUUUUCAAUCAAAUGGAACAAGAAAGUAUGCCAGUAAACGAGGUCACUUUCUUGAGCUUGCUUUAUGCUUGUAGUCAUUGUGGAAUGAAGGAUAAAGGACUUGAUUUCUUUGAUAUGAUGGUGAAAAAGUAUGGACUCAAGGCUAGACUAGAACAUUAUACUUGUGUGGUUGACCUACUAGGGAGGUCUGGCCGUUUGGAGGAGGCAGAGGCAAUGAUACGAUCCAUGCCUGUAAAAGCAGACGCAGUUAUAUGGAAGACAUUAUUAUCUGCGUGCAAACUCCACAAGAAUGCUGAAAUUGGAAGAAGAGUUGCUGCAGAAGUUCUUACGAUCGAUCCUCAAGAUUCAGCUUCAUAUGUUCUACUUGCCAACAUUUAUUCUUCAGCUAAGAGAUGGCAAAAUGUUUCUGAGGUAAGGAGAGCCAUGAAAGACAAGAUGGUGAAGAAAGAACCAGGCGUAAGUUGGGUAGAAGUGAAGAAUCAGGUUCACCAGUUUCAUAUGGAAGAUAUCUCUACUCAUCUUGGAGACUUUCAUAGUUGAACAAUAACAAGGCAUCGAAAGCAUUUUCCGUAAGGGCAUCCUUGGGGGAAAUGCAACAAUAAGGGAGAAGGGGGUUUCUGAAAUUAUUGCUCGGAAAUGAGGGAGUUGGAUUACUGUACUCUAUGAAUUUGAAUUACUCUGAAAGAAGGAAUUACAGUUGACCGCACAUGCUCGUGUGACUGCACAGUUGGAUUCAUAGAGUUAGUAAUGCUUUUGAAUUACAGUACUAUAUGGAUUUGAAUUACUCUGAAAGAAGGAAGCCGUUACAGUCUGAUGUUCACUUUCCUGUCACCUGAUGAAUUGAUGGACAUGGCACAUAAAUAUUAUGUUGAUACUGCACUUCCAAAGCUGGUGAGUUUCCUAACAUUGAACUUAUUUGUNUUGGGAGGCAAGGUGGAUUACUAAAGGAAUUAAAGAAAAAAAUUGAUAACAAAAACUCCAAAGUU